UGCUGUUACAUCGCAUUACAAAAAAUACGUUUCGGUCAUUCUACUUAACCCCUUGUCGUACUUUGACGAGUCUGACUCGCGAUGAAGAUUUUCGCCCAAACGUAAGUAUCACGAGCCAGGCUCGUAAACAAAUAGUCGGGUGAAAUAUAAACAUCAGUUUUCGGCCCUAGUUUCGUCGAGCUAAAUGGUACGAGAAGGGGUUAAUUUGCUUAUCUGAAGUUUAAAGUUACAUUGCGAUUCACCUUCCUACAUAAUUCGUUGACAUUUUCCUGCGUCGUUUGAUUUCACCCGCGUAAAGUGCGCGCGUCGGCGCGUGAGGCGGCGAACGCGCGCAACCAACACAACCCUGAAAGUUCGAUCAGCAUAGUCCCUAUGUUGGACUGACCAAAUCGACGAAAACAAUAAUUUUGUACAGAAGCGGUCGCUAAAUAUAGAAAUCACAGCGCCGUAAAGAACCACGGCAGGUGACGGUUCUUUGCGUCCUUCGUCAGCCUUCGUCGUAGUUGACGGUGACAUACGGGUCUCCUGGUGGUCCAAAUCAUGCAAAACUCGACUCUUCUGCGAAACAACACCGAGAGACCCUCGGCGAUAGUGUGCAUCGCGUAUCGUGUGCGUAUAAUUAAACGACAAGAACGAUAAAAAAAAAACGAGCCUUGUAUCGCAGUGGUGCUCGCAGCUGCUUGACAGCUCAGUGUUAGGAAAAAUGUUAAAAAUCACUGUAUAUCCGCGUGUGCAUACUCUUCCAGACCGAUCCGUCGAAAUGACGUACACGUUUAACCAACGAAAGGAAGACAAAAAUAUUGAACGAAUCCCUUUUUUGUUUGAACAAUUCGCUUGUCGUACGGUUGCCUCUAACAAGACUUCCGGUUGGAAAUGGGCGAUUCACGUAUUCUGCAAAUAUGUAAAUAAUUGUCUGUCGAUGAUGUGACCAGAUUUACGAAAAAAAACGGGAGAUUAAUAAAAAAUUGGAAUUUGUCAAUUACUUCCUGUUGCGACGAAUAUUUUUUAUAUGCUAUUAGCUACGAGUUCAAGAUCCUACCGAGCAACCGAAAGUGGACGAAACAAACCAAGGGAACAAUGCUAUCGUUAAAAGAAGUAUUACAGAUUUAAGAAUCAACUCCAUGGAAAGUUUCCUCGAGUUGUCCAAAGAAAUGGCGGAAUCUUUCAGGUUAUUUUUAGACGAAUUAAAAGUUCGAUUCGAACAAUUUCGUGAACAACCGCUGAACAUAUUAGAAUUAUUGUCGUUGUCUAAUCUGCACAAAUGGACUCAACGCGAACAAUAAAUAAACAGUGGGAAAGUAUUGACUUUUUUUAUAGAUUAAUAUAUAUAUAUAUAAAACAGGAUCGGAAGAUUUAUAAUUUUAUUUAGAAGUUUAAGGAGACCCGAAAACUCGGAAAACGACCAACAUUUUUGUUUUAACUUAAACGAAACUAUUUGUGAACGUUUCACAAGCCCAGUGUUCGUAUGUAAACUAAAAGUACAUACUAUAAUUUUGUUUUGGUGAAAAAUUUCUUCGUAAAAAACUCUUUUAUUUGUAAAUAUAAAGAAAUACAUUGGUGGUAUACAGAGAACCUAAGCAAAAGACAAAUCUAAAGCAAAUCGAUGUCGUCGUUCUCGACAAAUUAUGAAAAUAUUUCCUCCAGAAAUGCUUCAAACUGCUCUCUCCUCGAUAAAGUGAGAUCAAAAUACGGGUCACCUUAAAUAAUUACUAUUAAACACGAUAUAGAUGUUCAAGGUCGCAAAGUUGUUCUAAUAAAAUGAGAAAUUAACGACGGAACAAUCGAUUGUCAUUUGUUUCUUAAGAUACCCUCAAAAAAUAAAUUAAAUGCCUGAUUAAUUUGAAUACGUUUAAAUCUUGUACGUAACCGUUUUAAACCGUUACGGGUAACAAUGUUUUUCUUCGACCAUGUGUAUGUCGUGAUGCCAGAGUUGUAGCUACAGAAGACUACGCGUGGUCCUAAUAUUUUCAUCAUCCUUUGAAGCAACUAAGGGGGCCAGUUUUAUGGUCGUAUUUGAUACAUCACUGGCGCCACAGACACAGUGCGCAUGCGCGAGUGGGGGCUAACCUAGCAUCGCUGGUUCAUUAUCAACACAGUCGCCAUGUUGGAUGCGCAUCGUUACCGCCAAUAUACUGCGAUCUAAUAAAUUCGUUCUUUUCGUCGAAACCACUAGGAUAGUUAACUUUUUUUUUUUAGACUUAUAAUCGUUUCGUUUUCGAAUACAGAGAGCACUCGACGAGUUCUCUCGUAUGUUUACAUCUUUGUUUCCACUGUGGUUAGUUGUAUGUCACUAUGCCAAACCAAUACUGUUUUCUAUGUGCGAGCGACGAAGGUGUUUUCUUGGAUAUCACCGCCGACAACAAGAAACAAUAUCAUGAACAAUUCGAGAUUUGCUCACUCGUCACGGUACGUUCGCCAGAAAACUGCGUACCCACAGCAGAUAAAUUGCCAACCAAAAUUUGUCACAAAUGCGCAUACGAGUUAAAACAGUGCAGUUCGUUUGUAAGGAAAUACAAACACUGCACUUCUAUGCAAAAGAAACACAAUCGCAAGUAUUGUUGUAAUUUAUGUUUCGAAUCUACAGAGAAGGAGUACAUCUUUAAUCUUAGUAAAGAUAAAACUUCGGAAAACAAUAUACUUUCCAAACUACAGAAGCUUUUUGACAAUGAACCUGAAAGAUCUGAGGGAGAACACAUGCUUAUAUGUUUGUCCUGCCGAUAUACAGUGGACGUGUUAUUUGAUUUGAAGAAUAUAUCUCAAGAAAUCGCAACAAACCUGAAUAAUAUAAUUAAGGGAGGAAUAGAUUAUGUAAACUUUCCUAAGAUAAAAACAGCCAUUGUAAGUCGUAAAACCACUGUCACCGAUUCUGCUAGAACAAACUUUUACACGUUACAAGAUUCCACUACAAUGGCGCGUAAAAGAUCUCGGAUGAAUGAUUCGAACGAUAACAAUUUAAAUGAAAAAUUAAAACUGCAGGUCUGCGAGAAAUGUCACAGUUCCGUUAGCGAUAACGACGCCAAUAUCCAGAAACUUAAGAAUACAGAACAAAUUGUGUGCAAAAGCUGUUCGGUGGAUACGAAUCUCGAAACAAAUAAAAUUGACAAGCAAUCGAGUUUCGCGGAAACCAAAUCCUGCACAGUUUUCUUAAAAGACGUGUUAAGAGACAAGACGGAAAAUCAACGAAAGCUUUACGAAGUCAAAGAAGAUAGGAAGGGUAAAAAGACAUACGUCGUAACCGACAACACAUCGGAGAAUAGUAAAAAGGAAGUAGAGGCGUCCUCUAAAGUAAUUAACGAUGUAGAAAUUAUUACAGGAAAGCAAGGUGUCAAACGUUCUUUAAGACAUAUGAAAACUGAUACUACCGAUGACAAAGAGAGCCUGAGUAAAAAACUAAAACCCAGUACGAAACAAGUAAAUUUAGAUUCUAAGUUAACAUCAUCGAUAGAGGAGCCUAUCGCGAGAAAGUUAAGAUUACGUGUACCUAAAGCUGGAAUGAAGGAAGCUAAUAGAAGUUCUGAGUCAGAUUCUUCCAUAAAUAACAGCGUCAAAGGAAGGAAAAAUACUCUAACUAGGCAUAAGCGAGCAACUGGAUCCUCUUUGUCCGAUGCAGACAUUGACAGUAAACGCGAUCGUAAAAAGCUGAAAAGUAUAUUAGCGGGAAACACUGUGAUACAAAAUUUAAGCAUAACAUCUUCAGCUGAUGACGAUGCGCCGAAGAGGAAGAGAUUAAGAUUUACGAGCGCUUCGCCUGUUAUGAUUGAUCUAACCAACAAAAACGUCACGCAGGAAGUCUCUCGAAGGAGGACGGCGAUGCGAAAUUUAAAACUAUCUUCGACAAAAGAAACGCCGAAAAAUUCGAAAGACAACGACUCUGUUAUCGAGAUAUCUUCGGAUGAUAACAGCGAGACGUACGCUUGCGAAGAGUGUGGAAGUAAUUAUGAAAACAAACUUGUGUACAUGUCACACAAGUUGACACAUUACAAACAGCCGAAACUGGAAUUAGAGAAAAUGGUUAUCAAAAACAUAGUAAAAGAUACGUCAGAUGUAAAAGAAGCUGUAGAUGACGAGUGUAUACAAAUUAGAGUAGACGACGACGAAGAUGACGAAAUAGUGGAUGUUGUAAAUAAUUUGGAUGCGAGUCCUGUUACAAACGAUCGACCUCGUUCUUCUACGGAAGAAAGAAUCGAGAAUACAGUUGACGUAGAGUCUAUAACGAAAGAUCCUGACGAUCAGCAAAACGAGAACGAAGUUAAGAAAGCGGAAGACCAAAGAGCUGUAGAAACAUCUACGACCAACUCACCGAGUAAAGUCAGAACUUCUUCGAGGAGGGGCAGAUUUUCGAACCAGCAAAACCAGCACGAGCAGACAAACGAAAGGAGGAACAACGACAGACUCAGUCCCAGUGGAUCUCAGAAAGAAGACAAUGCGAGUGCAGAAGAAAAUCACGAUACUUCGCUCGAGCAGACAAAAGAUGCAGAGCUAAAGAAACAUCAGGAAAGUCCACUUACGCAAACAGAAAAUGGCGAAACCGGUCAAAACCAAGAUAAGUCAGAUUCACCGACAGAAAAUGCAUCAGCGAAAGAAAAUGAAGACGGUUCGCUUACGCAACUCGAAAAUACGGAAACGGAAAAAAACAAGGACAUUUCGCUCGAAACGACCAAUGGUCCACAGGCGGAAGAUGUGCAAGAUAAAGAAAAUGAAGAAAACAAUGAGAGCAGAGUAGGUGAAAAAAUUACAGAUGCAGAAGAAGGCAAAGAGAAACAAAAAAAGAGUGAAGAUAUCGACGGCGAAGAAGAAAUUGUAUGUACACGGCAAGAUAUUGAAACAAGUGAUAAGGAAAAUGAAAGUAAUGAUAAAGAAAAUGAAACUAAUGAUAAAGAAAGUGAGACAAGUGACAAAGAAAAUGAAACUAAUGAUAAAGAAAGCGAGACAAGUGACAAAGAAAAUGAAACUAAUGGUAAAGAGAGUGAAACAAUUGAUAAAGAAAAUGAAACAAUUAACGAAGAAAAUGAAACUAAUGGUAAAGAAAAUUCAAUCGAAUUAGAUUCCACUAAGGUGGUUGAAGAUAUUGCAGAUGAGGAAGAAGUAGAUUCUUCUAAAACAAUUGAACACACGAAGACAGGGGACGAGUUGACUGAUGGAGACGUGGGUAUCAUCGACGAAAGUAUAUCGGAAAAUGCAGCGAGUAAAAUGGCGCCCAACAUCGCGGAAAAGAUAGAGAUCAGCGACGAGAAUAAAGAUGAUGAGGUACAGUGUACGCAAGAGGAUGUGGUAUCGAUAUCCAGUGAGAAGAGCACAAGUAACAACGAUGGGAAGAUAGUCGAGAAGGAUCUCACGGAAACGAGCACUGCGAGUCCAAGAAAAUCGAAGAACGAUUCCACCGACGCAGCAGUGGAAGUGUUGCAAGAAGUUCUCGAUUUGGCGAAUGCAGAGGUCCAGAAACGUCAAGAAUUCGUUGAUGUUACCAUCGAACAAAAUUCAAGCGAAAUGGAAACUUUGGAAAACAUAUCGCGUGAAAUAAGCAACGGCGGAGGGCCUCUCAAAGAAAACAGCGUGACCGUUUCUCUAUAAAUCGUAUAUUGGUCUUCGUAAAUCGUGAACAGGUUUUGCAACAGAUAUUCUACAAACCUUUAUAUGAAAUUCAUUUCUUUAACAAUUAUGUCCACCCAGCACUAACAUAUUACAAAAGAAGAGAAUCUCUAAGACUGACUUGUUCUUUGAUCAUUGC